CUCAGACAACUUCGCCUCAGCUCCAACAUCUCACUGCCGCUUUGAACGUAUACGGAUAUUCAGCCCAUGAAAGAUCUAUGGUGAUAGCUACACCAAGCUGCGAGAAAUACUAAUUUAGUUAUCGAUAUUUUUAGCAUCCCCUACUAGGUGGACUUGUCCCGUCGACUCAACAUGCCCGUACAGGUGUACACUUCGAGUCCCAUCAAUGCGACCAAGGCAACAGAAAUCACUCCUAAGACACAACAGCCAGAGGGAGAAGGACCUCAUGCAAGGCCACCUCCACCGACAACAUCUCUAGGAAGCCCAACAGCGUAUCCUCCUGCACAACCAGGCGCUCGGCCAUCGCUGCCUAUCCAGACUGGAGCGCCACAGCCCUCCAGCACUUACAAGCCAUCGUCGACCCAAGAGGCCAAUUCAAGCCCGCCUCCUCCACAGCCUGGUGCGGUGCCUUCGCCCCCAGGAGGAAAUAGCCACCUUCCGCCUCCUCCAAAGGCUGGAGAGACCUUACAACAGGCCCAAACAGUGCCCAUGCCGCCUCAAAUGUCUUACCAGCUGCCGACAACAGUCCACCCAACUCAGGGCGGCUCAUCAACUUCCACUUCUACAGCCUACUCGCCAAGUGUGCCUCACCCAAGACUUGUGCAGGUCUCCGAACCAGACUUCUCGCAUCCCCCGGGCUAUCAACAGAACGUCAAUGCUGCAGAAUUUAACCGCGACCAACGAGAGGCUUACAACGCUUCCUUUAAUCAAGAAUCCUACCUGGCCCAUGAAGCGGAGAGUGUAUGGAACACGGCAAAGAAAUGGGCGACGGCUGCAGGAGACAGCAUCGCCGCAGCAGAGAAUGAAGUCUGGAAGAGAAUUAACAAGGAAUAGCACCCUUUCCUGGACAAAAGCAUGCAUAAGCCGGGAGAUACGAGCUUAUGGCCAUCCAAACGACACAAUCCGAGAAGCUUUGAGCAGUAGAUUACAACAAACGAAUAUUGCAAUGCACUACAUUAAAUAGGUAAUGAAAUCAAUCUAUACAUACGAGCGAGAUUUAGAUACACAAUGAGAUCUCUUUCA